GACUGUCCGAAACCAAGAUCCACGAUAACCAGAUCCAGGGUCACUCGCCGGGCUCGGGUUCUCUUCGAAAGAAAGCGUCGUUUCUCAUCGGAAAGAAAGCAUCGUUUCCAAGCCCUCCACCCUCUCCGGCCCCUGAGGUAAACCUCCGACCCAUUUCUUCCCCUUAUUUAUCCUCUUCCAUUUGGUACUUCGAUCUCGCCUCUCCAAUCGCUUUGACCGCCGGCAGCCUCCAAUAGAUUUCCUCCAUAUUUAGGAUUUCUUGGCACAAAAACCCUAAUCCGAACUCCCCCACCAAAGGAAACCCUGGAAUUCUCUCUCCGCCCUUUGCUUGCAUGGCGUCGGGGCCUCUUGUAGGGGGCGGCGCCGGCGGUGACGGCUCGCGGGAGAAGCAGCGGUGGGCGGAGAGCAACAAGGUCUACACCCGGAAAACCCACAACAAGAACCCCAAGCCCGCCUCCAAUCCCCAGCCCCCGCCAUCAUCCGAUCAAACCCCCACAGCCGCCACAGCCGCCGACGACGCCGCCAGCUCCCCCCGCCGCCCGCCUCCGCCGCAGCCACCUGCCCCCUCCUCCGUUGCCUCCGACGAUGACGCCUCCAGCCUCAACCGCCCCCAGCCCCCUGAUGCUGCUCAGCGGAGCCAGCCCAACGUCCACAGCCGCAGCAUCACCAUCAGCCUCGCCUCCCGGUCGAGGCAGGAGAUCCGGGAGCUCCGCCGCAAGCUCACUGCCGAGCUCGAGCAGGUACGUGCGCUCUCCCGGAAGAUUGAGGCCCGCGAGGUCCAGCUCGCCUCCGCCGCGGCCGCCGUUUCCUCCGCUCCGGCUGCCGGGUACACCCACUCCCAGCUUUCCGUGACUGACCCUAACACCCCUGUCUCUACCAAGACCCCCGCUUCGGCCCCGUUCCGCCGCCAGCCCACUGUUUCUGUUGCCACCGAGAACAACCCUAGCGAGGGCUUGGAGAAGGAGAAGCGGACGCCCAAGGCCAACCAGUACUACCGGAACUCUGACUUUGUCCUCGGGAAGGAGAAAUUUCCACCCCCUGAGCCUCAUGGCCACAAGAAGUCCAAGGCUAAUGGCAGCAAGAAGCAUAGUUUAGGGGAGUUGGACCAUGGCACCGAUGCUGUGGAAAAGAAGUUUGCUCAGGCCUUCAAGAGCUGUGCCGUGCUUCUCGCCAAGCUGAUGAAGCACAAGCAUGGGUGGGUCUUCAAUAGCCCAGUUGACGCGAAAGCCCUCGGCCUACAUGACUACUUCAGCAUCAUCAAACACCCGAUGGACCUCGGCACCGUAAAGUCCCGGCUCAGCAAGAACUGGUACAAGUCCCCUCGGGAGUUUGCAGAGGAUGUGAGACUCACCUUCCGCAAUGCUAUGAUUUACAACCCUGAGGGGCAGGAUGUUCACAUCAUGGCCAAGCAGCUGUCCCAGAUAUUUGACGAGCGGUGGCCUGCCAUCGAGGCCGAGUUCUCCUACCUUUCCCACCCACCUGCGCCAAAGAAGCCUCCGCCGCUUGAUGUGAGGACUUUGGAGAGGUCAGAUUCCACCAUUUAUCCUAUGGCAGUAGAUUCGAAGAUGAAGCCGGUGAAUUAUGCCCCACCUGUUGGCCGGCCGCAGGCCCUGAAGAAGCCGAAGGCAAAGGAUCCACACAAGAGGGAUAUGACAUUCGAGGAGAAGCAGAGACUGAGCAAUAACCUACAGAAUUUGCCACCAGAGAAGCUAGAGAACAUAGUGCAGAUCAUUAAGAAGAGGAAUUCAUCUGUCUACCAGCAUGAUGAUGAAAUCGAAGUGGAUAUAGAUAGCGUGGAUGUGGAGACACUCUGGGAGCUUGAUAGAUUUGUGACCAAUUACAAAAAGAGUCUAAGCAAGAACAAGAGGAAGGCGGAGCUUGCUGUUCUAGCCAGGCAAGAGGCUGAGCGUAAUGCCAGGGAAAUGGUGCAUGAAAGGGCUCAAGAGCCUAUCCCUGUGGAAAUGCCCAAUGAAAGUAAGACAGUGGUGGAUGAGAAGUACGUGGCUUCUUCGUCACCAGCUGGAGAAGAAACAAAAGGGGAUAAUGCCAGUAGAUCAAGCAGUUCAAGCAGCUCUAGCAGUGAUUCAGGAUCCUCGUCCACUGAUUCCGACAGUGAAAGUUCUUCUGCAUAUGGAUCGGAUGUGGCACGUUCACCUAGAACAUGAGCAGAUUCAAUGCAGGUUCAUGCUUUAUCCAAGUUGUCAGUGCGGUCAGGCCUCAAGCAGUUGCUAAGGUGUAGGUGACCUGUAGAUGUCUAGGCAGCCUCUAGUGCUUCGGCACCCAAGCGAACUGCCAAGUAACUCAGGUGGCCUUUUUCUCUCUUAAUUAAAUGAAUGUGUUUGUUUGUGUGCAUAUGUACUUGCUUAAGAGUAUUUUGAUCAUUAAACUAAAAAAUUUAUGUUACCUAAAUAUAGAAAUAAUAUUCACACAAUGCAUACAAUUAAAGUAUCUUCUGUUAGUACAUUAUUACGGAACAUAUAAUACUUCGAUUAUAUGAGUGAUAUACUAGGAAGUUUAUAGAAGGAAUAAAUGUUGAUGAUCUUGGAAGAGUAAAUAAAAUAUCAUGUGGCAUACUUCCCAUUUCUAGUAUUAUAUAUCAUGAUUGUGGAAUGAAACUGGACAUGCCAAUAUAACCACUCAUAUCAGAGGAAUUCUCAGUCUAGAAUUUAUAUACUUAAUAGAUUUCUUAUGCUUCAUGCCUUGUGAUCUACGAAACAGUGUUAGCAAAGUGGGGUAAUAUGAUUUUGAGCACAAAAUGUCGAUAAAAAGAGGACAAAUAGUCAAAAACAAAAUAAACAAUAGGGGGAAUGGAAGGAGGAGAAGAAAAUUGGAGGAAAGAGAAAAGGAAGUCAAAGAAAAGCUUCUAUGGGACGAAAAAUGGGAAGUCUUUAGAGAAUAAGAUGAGGAUUAAGAAAAAAUUAACAAUGUUAAAACUGAAAAAUAUGGUUCAAGUGGGAGGCUCCACCAAAUGGUGUUAUAAACAUCGUCAGAUGCAUUGUAAUGUUAAGUGGAUAAUUAGCAGCAAUGGGUUUUAUAUGUGAGGAUGAAGGGGGAGACUUGUAUUCGGUGCUGCUAAAUCAUCUUGGACUUUGGAUGUCUAGAGUCUAGACAUUGGAGAUUUGUGCAUUGAGAAAGGGCCUUGCAUGGACCAUAGGUGAAAGCUCUAGGAUAAUUUGGAUGGAAUCAGAUUCCAAAGCUGUGUUGGGUUACACAUAGGACAGUUCCAUAGGCCAGAGAAGUACAAUCCUAUACUGAGUGGAAUGUGAUGAUGUGUGGAUGAUGUAUAAAGAGGCAAAUGAUGCUGCAGACUGGCUAGCAAAUUUGGCCAGGAUCAAGGAAACGGAGUGCUAUAGGAGUCAGAAUUUCCAUAAUGAAUUGGUGCAAUUUGCUUAGUGAGGCAUGCUAGAGUUGUUUAAUUGUUGCAUGUUUGUUUCAGACAUCUGUCUCAGUUGCUUAAAAAGAAAAAACUGGGGAAAACAAAGAAAGAAACUGGAAUGAUGAAGAGCUAGAAUAUGAAAUAAAAAAGAUACAUAUACGUUCGUACGUUUAUGUAUAUAUGUUGACUGUAGUCAACUGUAUAGUUAUGGCUUAAUUAUGUAGAAGUUAUGCAGGUAUAUUAUAUAAAAGUUAAAUUAAUUUUAAGUGGAUUAAUGUGUCUUGAAUUAACCUUUGGUGGACUGUUCAAUCUAUGGAUUAGCCAGCAAUGCUUAGGCAGCAUGCCAUACCUAAGUGCUGUAGUGGACCAUUUAGGUGCUUGGGUGGUUGCUUGUGACGCCACUAGGUUAACUUUUUUCCCCCUAUUGUGCUUCCAGUCUCAACCUUCUUGCUCUAUGGACCUGUUUGGAGCGACAUGUAGGAUCAAGGUGGUGGAUGCUAUUAUGUGGGAAAAUAGUCAAUAGCUUGAAGCUAACUGAUUUGUGGCUUUGUUAUUUUGUUUGUCAAGUUUUCUGUUCAUAAUAUCUUGAACCUUGAUCUGUAAGAGACAUGAUUAGACAUGUUCUUCAUCUUAUUUGGGAUUGUGAGGUUUUACAAAAAGUUGAUGGCUAUGUCAAAACCAUUUGGGGAUCAAGACAGCUGGAUGAGUUAGUAAUUCCAGCAAGAAAAUUAUAUGAUGUUAUUGAUACCUGACACGCAACAGUAAGAGCAGCGCUCCUACUUUAUCAUAGUUAACUGCUUCUUUUUGUUUCUGUGAAAUGUUAAUUAACAAAUGAAUAAGUAGGCGACAAUUGUGAUCUAUGGUGAUUUGCAUGAUGGAAUCCUGGAUUGUAACAUAGCAUCGAAGAAUAUAAUCUGAAAGGCAGGUUACAUGAUAUGAUCAGUCAUAAGUAAUUAAACCAGCUGCAUAGAAUUGAAGUGUGAGUUUUUAUGCUUAUGAAACAGGUUAGAAGUAUAAUGAACGCUUAUGAGGAAGUGCUUGUUGAGGCUCUGUUCUGUGAUAUGAUACAAUUAUUUUUCUCCAGUAAUUGAACUUGAUAUGUUUCCAUUCUUACCAAAAGCUGCAAUUUAUAUAUCUGGAACAAUGUAGUGAGAUGAAAUCAAGUGUACUUAGUUUUAGGUACAUACUUCUAGCUGUGUUACGUAUAUUGUGUUGUUAAUUAUUCUGUGUAAGGUACUAGGCAUUGUUGUGCUAUUUGUUUUACAUACAUCAUUUGCCAUCUCAAAAUAAAAGUAUAAUUAUUACAUGUAAAAACAUUUUACUGCAUUAUAAUGUAAUAAAUAUGUAUUCAUUGCAUAUUUACGAGCUUGCGUGGAUGUUUGAUGUUAUAGUUCUCUGAACAUGUGGCUUCCUGAUACAGACUUCUCCUAUUUAACCUUGGGAUUGUAUGUUAUAAUGUCUUAUUUACACCUGUGGCUCUAGAGGUUUUCAGGAUGGGGGGACAGGACCUGAAAUAUUUAGUUAGUGCAGGCAAGGGUGUGUAUGUGAUGUAAGGAAGAGAAAUGUAGUAAUUGUUCUAGCUUGAGGUUCCAUUAGAAGAUUUAGGGUGUUAGAUAGAUAUGAUUGUCAAAACAGAUGACUGUUAGUAGGUUUGACAAUUUAAUAUUCAUAUGUACAUAGUUAAUUGUGGACUUAAAAUAGAUAGAAAGGAUUCACCUGCUUCAUUCUGAUAUUGACCAUUGGUGAAAAAUUGGCAAAAAGCCCAAUCUUAUUAUUAUUGAUGAAAAAUUGGAGAGGGUAAGGUUGUUAGUAUCAUAAAUAUUUUUAAUCUCUUUUCUGUUGUAUCUCCUGUCUUCAUUUUUUUAUUUUUUUGGCUGAAAUUUGCAAUACCAAAUGAGGCCAUUAGGGGUGGUGGAUGGUUCGAAGAAUCUAUGACAAUAUAAUACAGGAGUCUAUAUAAUUUUUCAAUCAUGACUACUUAAUGCAUAUUAUUUUUAGUGGAUUUAUUUGGGAAGAUGUGUAUGUUGAUGUAAGGAGAGUGAUUUGGUUGACAUAGGGUACCAAUGGAUACUACAAUCAGCAAUAAAUUCAUUGUUAUCUUAAUUUAAAGUGCGAUGUACUGCCUAGGAAGUAUCCAUGGCAGUUGUGGAUUGCAGAGUUUGUGGGUGGAUAUAUAGAUGUUCAUGGCAUACCUAACUUUCUCUCAUCUUUCCCAUGGCCUAGUCGAUGGUUAGAUAUGCCUUUCAAAGGAUGCUUUAGUUUGAGAGGGGAUGGGGUGCAGGAGAUGAUUGUGAAAUAGCAAAUAAGGCAAUCAUUUUGAUAGAGCAGCAGCUGUUUCUGGAAUAUAGAGGACAAUCCUUUGAGUGAGAGUCUUAUGGUUUGAUGUUGUGAGGCAGUAGUUAGGCUUUAGGUGAACUUAGCCAUGGUGAGGCGGUGUACAUGUUACUAAAAUCAUCAAAACUAGGUGAAGCAAAUAAUAAUAUUGAAGAUCACAUUCCUUAUUUGUAGGUAGAAAUAUAGAAUCAUCAAUUCUAAGGCGACACCAAUAGCAAUAUUGAAGAUGACAUACGUUCUCCUUUAGUGCUUCAUUUGGGAGCUUUCUGGUCGAGGCCUAACCAUGGAAAAUCUUGAAAAGCAGCUUGUCUCUUGAAGAGAGACAAUUUCUAAAGGUAGACAUUCUAUUACUAAAUUCACAAUUUCUAGCCAUCUCACUGUAGUUCUCUUUAUUUAGGGCCACUACCAUGGAAAUGGGGUAUACGUUGGUGAAAUUUCAAGGAAAUAUGGUUUGAAGGUGCUAUAACUUCAGGUGUUAAUAAUGAACCUGUUUCAGACCAGAGUUGUAGAAACUUCUCCUAACUGAUCGGCAUUUUAGAAGAAAUUGAUUUUGCAUCAUCAUGAAGGUUUCUAAUAGUACACAAGCUAAUGCGGAUGUUUGUGAGCAAUUUAUUUGAUUUUCCAGAUUGUAAGGUCGCCUGCUAUUUUUCUCCUAUUUAGUCAAUUUUUUAAAGCCUUGUGGGAUCUUAAACAGUGUAAACCCAAGGAUGUUUCUUGAUUGUAUUGUCCUUCUGUAGUUGUUCCCUUUUUUUGGCAUUUGUCUUUAUCCUGCUUGUAGUAGGUUGCAAAAUAAUACUUGAAGGGUUGGACUUGAGGCUUUGAUUUCGAGAAAUGGUUUUGGCCCCUUCUGCUAUAUGGAUGUUGUGGACGGAGAUGCGAGCAUUGCAAGAAAUAUUUGUCCCACUUUGUUGAAGGAUUAUAGAUUUGCAGGAGAUGGUAAGGGAAAUCCGGUACUCCUUUUGCUUUUAGACCAUCAGAUACUCUUUUGAUAUUAUAUUGGUUAAGGGAUGCUUUGUAGUUGGUUUGAAACAAUGAAUAGAUGGAGCUUCUGUGAUUGUCACAUUGGAGGGAAAUGAACCUGUGACAGUUGAUAUCCUCAUAUUAGUAAUGGUAGAUGCUUUCAACCGUCAGAACCCUUGAACUUCUAACAACUGAGGUCCUUUACAAUCCUCAUUAGUGAAAAGAAUUCUCAGGGACCUUCUUUCUUUGACAUGGAUCAUCUGAAUUCCCUAAGAGUUUCUGUUGGUAGUUAUCAAAGAGAUCUUGACCUGUGAUUAUUGGGAAAAAAUGUAAAGAUCAUGUUAAGACUCUAGACUUGCAUUAGGUGUGGGAAGGUUAAAGGAAGUAUCUAGUCAUCUUCUGAUCCACUGUGAGGUGGGUAAGCAGAUGGGGUAUCACUUGUUGGAGCUAAUAGAUAUGCCCUAGAUGCUGCAAACUUAAUAGAGAAAAUUGUAUAGCUGUGCGAGCCUUGUUUUGGCAAUGAUUUCACUACUUGAUUUUGUAAUUCAUGUAGGGAAAAAAAGGAAUAGAAUAUUUACUGUUGACAUAUUCUAAUCUGCAGUUGAAUUGUUGAAUCGUAUUAGAGAUAUUUCUCUAUGAUUUCUGCUGGACUAAAGUCAUUGUCUAUUGCUCUCUGUGGGACCAAAGUGGAAUGUCACUCAUGAUUUCACGUUCGGAAGAUGUGUUACAUUCCUAGGCUGCAACCACCUCAUUAUGAAUGUGAAUUGUUCAAUUGUAAUGGUAGCUUUUGGUGAUUUGAUUUUUCAAAUUUAGUUGGCUGUUUGAAGGACCAUUUCUUUUUAUUUUUUAUUUUUUUUUGGUGAGGUUUGACAAUUUUGCUUUGUAGAGUUGGUGGUGCCCAAGGCUCAUUGAAAAUUAGGAAGGAUGCGCAUGCUGCCUCAUUAUAAUUUUAUUGUCAAAGAACUGUGCUAAUACUUAAUUCUUGACGCGGUUCCCAAUGUUAGCAUGAGGAUUGUCAUCUUGUUGGUCCCUUUAUAUUGAUGCCAACAAGUUAUUGGAUUCUCAUGCCACUGAGAUGUCUUGACACAGCUUUUUUUUUCACAUCCUUUUCUGUCCAAUAAUAUAACUUGUCCCCUUGUUCCAUUCUGGUGUCUUCUUCACUGUAAGGCGCACCAUUUGUCAUGAGAAGUAGUCUUCCAUGGUGCUCAAUUUGUUAUACAAGAUGUCUUACUUAUAUGGUGACUUCUCUCUCUCACUGCUGUUAAUCUGUCACUCUAUGGUUUGCCAAAAUAAACAUAAAUGAUUCACUUUUUUUUUGUUGGUUGUGUUGCUUGUUUUAUUAUUGGUCAUGCGUUGCUUCUAAGCCUUGGACAUUUAAAAGAUGAAUUGUUCCACACCACAUACUUGGAUGUGAGUUUUUAAACAUCCAUCAGUAGCCGGUUUUCAUUGCGAUGAUUUUGUUGAUUUUUUUUCCUCCUUGGUGCUACAAUGCCAUUUCGUUGAUUUUUUUUCUCCUUUCAGAAUUUUUUUUAGUUCCAAUUGAGUAUGGACAAGUAUUUCCUACUAAGGUUAGUUUAUGUAGUGCUCCUUUUAUUUGCUCAUAAAAUCCUCCGUGAUGCAAGUGUUCUCAUUGACUAUUGAUUGCGUGAUAUAUUUUUAUUGUUCUCUGUCUUAUCACAUUCCUUUCCUUGCUAAUUCUAUCGUAACUAAAAAAAAUGCCUUCUCAGAUUUUGAACAUUUUCUGGUUAUGCGAUGCAGGUUAUUUGUAAAUUACUUGUUAAUUAUUUCAGUGUAAUCAUAUUGACAUUUCUGGUUUAUCUAUAUAUUUAUCAUGAUGCGAGUGUACAGUAUGAUUGCAAGUUUUCUCAUUUGUGGAGUCCCCACUGUUAACUUCAUUUUUUGGAAUUUUCAAGUGUUUUUGGCACAAGUUAAAUCUAGACUUUAAAGUUGUGACUAUGCUUUUUGUUGGUGUUGGAAUUCUAAACCCACCUGAAUAACCAUAUAACCUAAAAAUUUCUGGAUUACCCUGUUACAACUUGCAAGUACAUAGAAGUUCAUAAUGUUCUUGUGCCUUGCAUGCUUGUACUUUUUAUUUUUAUUUUUUCUGGAGGAUUUGUUUAUGGCUGCCUUUGAACAUGGCCCCUGUUGAACAACAACAAUGUUAGUUUCAAUUUCAGUGACAGCUUUUCUUUCUUUUUUUUUCUGUUGUUAUUUAUUCCAGAGAGAUAAUUAGAAUGUUUGGAAUAUUGAUCUGAUUUGGGUUCUAAAACCCUUUCAUGGUGUUUCUACGUGAUUAUAUUAGAAAUGUAGAUGCACGUUUGCAGGCUUGCAGCUUAUUGCAUGCAUGAGUUGUGUGGCAUUACUCUUGACACCAACAAGUAAUACAAUGACAAUGCUGAUGGGCAAGGAAGAUGGACAAAUAGCUUGAAGAUGAUUAAUUUUUUAAAAAGCAGCUAACGGGCAUGUGGUAGAUAGCAGAUAGUGGAAGCUGUAGCAGUAAUAUGUACCCAAAGGGAACAGCUGGAACAUAUCAAUAUUUUUUUUUAAGUAUUAAAAAUCAAUAUUUUUACAUCAAAUUCAUGCAAAAACUAAUGAAAAGAAAUCAAGGUCAAAGCUAUAAAACAUCAUUCAUCCAACAGAAUAUCAUGUUAACAUCCAUAUAAUGUAAAGGUGUACCAUAUAAUGAUAUGUCAUCAUCCUUCAAAUAUAAUAACAUUACUUAUUGGAUAAAAUGUCCAACACGUAAUAUCAACCAUAAAAUAAAAAUGUCCACAAUCACAUAACAUCAACAAUGGUAGAAAAUGUGCACAAUUAUAUAACAUAAUUCCCCGAACAAAGCAUCAUCAGGAACAGAUAAAAGUCUCCAUUUGGUUAGGGUAUGAAAUAACUAAACCAGCUCGUGCUUUAAACAACCAGUUAGAUUGGCUGAUUGUUGGACUGGUUCAAUUGGAAAUCAGUCCUGCUGCUAUGGAAUAGAUCACCCGCUUUGAGCCUGUAGUACAGUGGCAGCUAUAGCUGAUUUUCGCCCGAUAUAUCAGGCAUUUAUAUACCCAAUCGCCAUAUAACGCUGCUAUGGAACUUAGCAUACCAGUUUUGUACCGAAACUGUUAUAAUGGCUGCUAUAGCAGCCCUAACGGCUGAUGGCUGAUUUUUAAAGCAAUUUAGACAAUAGGCACCACCAUUUUUAUCCGUGAUGCUUACACCUAGUGGAAGUCAAGAGGAGUUGGAGCAUAAUGAGUGGGCACAUUAGGUAAUCGACUCAUAUAAUUCCUUGGUAUGAGAUCGCCCACCCCCCACUCCCCUCUUUUUUU